AUGGUGAAGCAAAUAUUGGGUAGGCUCAUCCAACUGACUGACCAAUUCACAAAGGCUUUGGACAGGGCCGUUGUGACAUCAAGGGACCACACCUUCAUCCCCCACCAGCUUAAAUCCAAGUCUGAAGAGCUGGCGGGACUUCUCGGCCAACUCAGCUGCUCCAACCUCGGCACCUAUGAUCGCCCCGGCAUCAUCAAGAAGCGGUUCUCCACCUUCAUCCCCGUCACUUGUUUCCUCGAAAUCUCGGCGCAUCUAGACGCUUCAAUCGGGGAUGUGUCUUGGCUGAUCCGUUUCUGGAGGGCCGAGCCCCCGGACGAGGACUUGAGACGGCCUCCAAUGUUAUUGAACGACCCCACUCUGUGGCUUGUUUGGGAAGAGAUUGCAAUUCUUCAUCACCCGGCUGUAUCCGUCCAAGCUCGAUGUAGUGCUGCAGCUUCACUCGGUCAGCUUGCCAGGGACCACGAGAGGUACAUGACGUUGAUCAUCCGGGAGGGUGGAGUGGAAGCCUUGUUGAAAUUGAUGGAGGAGGGUCCAAUGGAAGGCCAAGAGAACGCUGCCAGGACCCUUGGGUGGCUGGGAUGUUCCUGCGAAAUCGUCGAACACCUUCAUGCGGAUAUAUGUAUAGUGUUUGCGAAAAUCCUCAGAGAAGGCUCCUUGAAAGUUCAGGUUGCAGUGGCCAAGGCGGUGUCAAUGCUCUCAUAUCAACACCCCGAAUUGCAAGAUGUUUUUGCGCUGCACGAUGUUGUCCGCUUGCUCAUCGGCCAUCUUGCAUUCGAAACUGUUGAAGUGCAUAGCAGCAAAACCCAUAGCAAUGACAAUGACAAUGCCAAUGCUAAUGAAGACCCAGCCACCAAGGAAAAAAUGAAAGCAAUGGCAGCCAAAGCCCUUUGCAGACUAGCGGAGGGGAACUCAGCCAUUUGCCGCAGCCUCGCAGAUCAACAUCACUAUAUAGUUUCGGUGUGCUCCUGGAAAAGGGUUCCGAAAAUGCUCAACUUUAUUCUGUCCUUGCAUUAA